GCGGGGGCGGCGCGCUCGGUCCACGCGUCCGGGGCCCCGCGGGGCCGGGCCCGGAGUCGGCAUGAAUCGCUGCUGGGCGCUCUUCCUGUCUCUCUGCUGCUACCUGCGUCUGGUCAGCGCCGAGGGGGACCCCAUUCCCGAGGAACUCUACAAGAUGCUGAGUGACCACUCAAUCCGCUCCUUCGAUGACCUCCAGCGCCUGCUACACGGAGACUCCGUAGACGAAGACAGAGCCGAGUUGGACCUGAAUUCGACUCGAUCCCAUUCUGGAGGCGAGCUGGAGAGCUUAUCCCGAGGGAGAAGGAGCCUAGGUGAGGCUGCAGGUUCCCCGACGGUCGCCGAGCCAGCCAUGAUCGCCGAGUGCAAGACACGCACGGAGGUGUUCGAGGUGUCCCGGCGCCUCAUAGACCGCACCAACGCCAACUUCCUGGUGUGGCCGCCCUGCGUGGAGGUGCAGCGCUGCUCCGGCUGCUGUAACAACCGCAACGUGCAGUGCCGUCCCACCCGGGUGCAGCUGCGGCUGGUCCAGGUGAGAAAAAUCGAGAUUGUGCGGAAGAGGCCAGUCUUUAAGAAGGCCACGGUGACCCUGGAGGACCACCUGGCGUGCAAGUGUGAGACGGUGGUGGCUGCACGACCCGUGACCCGAAGCCCGGGGAGCUCCCAAGAGCAGCGAGCCAGGACACCCCAGACUCGGGUGACCAUUCGGACGGUGCGAGUCCGCCGGCCCCCCAAGGGGAAGCACCAGAAGUUCAAGCACACGCAUGACAAGAAGGCACUGAAGGAGACCCUCGGAGCCUAGGGGCAUCUGCAGGAGCGUGCGGGCAGGGUUAUUUAAUAUGGUAUUUGCUGUAUCGCCCCCAUGGGGUCCUUGGAGUGAUAAUAUUGUUCCCCUCGUCCGUCUGUCUCGAUGCCUGAUUCGGACGGCCAAUGGUGCUUCCCCCCCUCCCACGCGCCUGUCCACCCACCAGCGGGUCCCCUCAUUGGCCUCCAGCGCCUUGCCCGGGAGCUCGAGAAGGACACGAAGGACCUGAACUCCAUUGCUGUCUUCCUCCGCUGACCCCGAGAAUGUGGCACAGAAGCGUAAGAGAGACCCAUGGGAUCGCCGUUCGGGGACCGGAGGAGCUUCCCUUCCCCAGCUCCUGGCCCGGGUCACACCUGAGCGCCGUGGACUGGCCUGAAACCCUGCACGUGGCCCUGAGGCCCUCUAGGCAUGGAUGGCCUGCCCGGUCCCAGGACCCCUGGCCCGCUCUGAAGGGAGCACCCCCAGGCAGGCCAGGGUGCCUCGUCCUCCUGUGGCUGAGACCACGCGUUGGACCGUAGACUGGAGAGAAAUCCUCCCGCGGUGCCCAGGCCCAGUCACUUCUUCCUCCCCGGUCACCUCUGCUUAUAGUGGCUUCCUUUCGUUUUCUGUAUAUGAAAUCUUCGAAGAUGUGGACUCCUCUGGGUGGGCAUGGCCCGAGUACCCGGCAGCCAAGUGCCCCGUCAGAUGGGUUAGAGAUGAAGUUUGCUCUGGAGCCACCAUAGAUGGUGAUCUGGGCGCUCACUGCCUCCUUCCACUCCCCUGCCUUCACCUCCUCUGUUUCAUCUCUCUACCUCCACCCUGCGUCUUCCUCUUGUCCUGGCCUUCAGUCCACUCCACCCACCGAGGGACUCCUUGGACCCCAUGCUGAGACCGUAAAUAACCCCACUCACUGCUCCAUUAGGCCGAAGACCAGGGGUCAGGGCAGCAGGGGGCCUGCGCUUCGUAUCCCAGCCCGGCCGAGACUGCCGUGUAGGUUCGUGCAGGGUGCGCACUGUGCAAGGGCACCGCGUGCAGGGGUCGUUGUUCACGCCGUAGAACGUGGCCCGUUGGUGUAUUUGUUAGGACAGUUUUCUGGCAGUUGGAGCUAAAAUGUCUUGAGGAAAGGGAUCCUGUUCCUAAUCGACACGAAGGUUCCACGUGGACUGGCUGUGUCCCGACCCAGCCAAUGGCUUGGGGUGGUUGGACAGGAGAGUGAGCCCACGUUGGGUGGGGAGGCCACGCGUUGUCCAGCUGGCCUCUAUUUUCCUGAGUCCUCAGCUCAAGCAGUUCCCCUUCCAGGCGGGCGUGAAAAACCCAAGAGAGAAUCUCCAAGGGAGGGGGCAGCCCUCGCUCUCCCCGGGCACGCUACCCCCCAGAGUAGAUUCUUUUGAGAUCCACCCGUGGUGGCUCCUCCCAGGAAACCAGCUCAUGGGCUGGGAGUGGGGGAGAAAAGGGAAAAGAUCCCCAGGGGUCCCUGGGGUGGGGUCUGAGCUCCCACCUCCCUCCCCUCCACCCCACUGCACUUUCCCCCUUACCCCCCCCUCCAAAAUCUGCUCUCUUCAGUUUGUAAAGUUGGUGAUUAUAUUUUUGGGGGCUUUCCUUUUAUUUUUUAAAUGUAAAUUUAUUUAUAUUCCGUAUUUAAAGUUGUAAAAAAAAAAAAAAUAACCACAAACAAAACCAAAUGAAUGAAUCCACCGGCGUUCUGUCUGUUGGCAUCGGGCGUGACGGUUAACCCUUCCCGCAUCGGCAGGAUUUACGGACAGCUUGUUCUGUGUUCCUCUCGCUCUGGGAAGUUCAGGCACACACUCACGCACGCACACACUCACGCACGGGUGCAUACACAUGGGGGUCUGCCACUCUGAGGGAGGCCCCCGUCUGGGGGGUGGCUAAGAGCCUUUCGGCCCACCCUGCAGGUCUGGGUCCUGCAGCAGCCCCUGACAGGCGGACCACAGGUCCCAGCCCUGUGCCUGUCACUGGCAGUGAUGAGAGACGGUUUUCUCCAGCGUGAGCAUCUGUGCAAGGGAACCGGGUCCUUUGCAUCGUAGGCUGGGGUUGGCUGUGGGGAGGGGGUGGGGGAGGCCGGAGGAGGUCCUGGAAGAGACGUGGAAUUAAUUCAGAAGGAACACAGCCGAGGUGCUCCAGGGUGGCUCAGCGGGUUAAGCGUCCGCCUUCAGCCCCGGUCGCGAUUUCACGGCGCACGAGUUCGGAUCCCGCGUCGGGCUCUGUGCCGACGGCUCGGAGCCUGGAGCCCGCUUCGGAUUCUGUGUCUGC